AUCACCAAAGGGUAAAGGACCAAAAUGUCAUGUUUGUUUUGAUGCGCGGUAUGCGGCGUGUUGAACAAUAACUUGGGAUUUAUCUGUGUGUGUUGUUUUCGAUAUCGUUCGUUGACGAUUUUAAUUGUGAUUUGUUUGUGGUAAUAUGUUAUGAACGGUGCUAACUUAUCGCACAUCUAAAAUGAUUUGUGAUGAAUCGGAAAACCAGUUAGCAAGAAAGCAACAUAUUCGCUAUUUGCUUCGCCAUCUCGAUAUUCUGCCUUCACGGUUAGCAUAUCAUGAUGCUGCUAGACUGACAAUUUUGUUUUUUGCACUCUCCGGAUUGGACGUUUUAAACGCACUAGAUGAAUUGAGUGAAGAAAAAAAGAAACACAUAAUAAAUUGGAUUUACAGCCUUCAGGUCGUACCGCAAGAGACAGACGACAAAGAAAGCUGGAAGCGAUGCGGUUUUCAGGGUUCGUCUACACUAAACUUUUCGCGCGACAGCAGCGAUUGCUCAGGGCCAUAUGUGUGUGGUCAUUUAGCAAUGACAUAUACAGGUCUUGCAGCACUUAUUAUUCUUGGUGACAAUUUGUCUCAAGUGAAUAAGAAAGCAAUUAUUGCUGGUAUAAAGGCUUUGCAACAAGAGGAUGGUAGCUUUUGCGCAACACUUUCCGGCAGUGAAAGUGACAUGAGGUUUGUCUAUUGUGCUGCCUGCAUCUCUUACAUGCUAAAUGAUUGGUCUGGAAUGGAUGUAGAAAAAACUAUCUCGUACAUCUUAGAUAGUAUGUCAUAUGAUGGUGCAAUUGGCCAAGGGCCUGAUCUUGAAAGCCAUGGAGGAACUACAUUUUGUGCUGUUGCUGCCUUGGCUCUGAUGGGUGAGCUUGAUAGAAAAAUUAGUCCCAUUCAGCGUUCAAGAUUGAAGAAAUGGCUUCUGAUGCGUCAGGUGACAGGAUUUCAGGGACGUCCAAAUAAACCCGAUGACACAUGUUAUUCUUUCUGGGUUGGAGCUUCAUUGAAGAUACUUGGGGUUUUUAAUAUGAUCUCAUACAAGCCUAACCGAUUCUACAUACUUUCUACACAAGACAGAAUUGUUGGCGGUUUUUCGAAAUGGAUUGACACAACUUCAGAUCCAAUGCACACUUACUUAGGUCUUUGUGGCCUUAGCCUUAUGGAUGAAGAGCUGCUAUUACCUGUUGAGCCCAGACUUAAUAUCACGCAGCGGGCAUUUGCUACACUUAAGAAGAUUCAUAAAGAGUGGUAGAAUGAGCAGCACAAAUUCUGCUUCAUUAUAUGUGUAUUAGCUGUGCUAGACACAAGGGUACCAAAGUCCAAGUGGUGUUCUUUUUGUAUGAUGAUUGGCAUACUGUAAUUUUUUCAUGAAAAGUGCUUGAAUUUUGAAUUCUAUGGUAAGUACUUUUAGUUUGUGCUCAUGGAUGAUGCCUGUUUUAAAUGAAGCAGUAGCAUUUGCAUCAUAUGUAAACACACAACUGCCUAAUUAUCCCUGAGAUAUUAUAUAGACCAAAUUUCAUGAAUUUAUAGGCUAUUGUGUCUCAGUUUAUUAAUGAAGUCACUUGGAACCCAUUUGAACUGAGUCACAUCAGUGACUUCUAUACCAAAAGACAAAUUUCUUUGAGACAUUUUUGUACUGUGAAAAGAAAAACUGUGUUUACUUCUUUUCCAAGAGCUGCUUUUAUGUUGUUCCUAUGGUGCUAUUUUCCCCCACAGAAAAAAGUAAGCAUUGAAUUGAUCAACUGUGAGUUUCAUUUUAUGGUUGAAUUACAAUCUGUGAUUCCUUUAUAAUCCUAACAGCCAUGUUAGUUUGUAUAAUGAACGAAAAGAUUUAGUAGCCAUGUUACAAAAAUCUCUGUAUUCCAUUUAAUUGAACAAGGAUUGUAAUUGGUAUUUAAGAGACACAAGAAAUUUUGAUUGGUUUUAAGCUGUGCAGACUAUUAUCAGUACUUGUAUAACAUUAAGCUAACUAUGAUUUACAUUAGAACACUGCAUAGCUGUGUACAUAGAGCUAUUGCAGUCUCCCACUGUAUUUUAGUAGAUGCUUAUGUAGAUGAUGAAACUUGCUGAUAAACAGGCAUUUGAUUAUUCUGUGGUAUGACUUUUACAUGGGUAAUUACUUAAGCAGCAAUUUGAUCACUGUUUGGUAUUAGCAUCUGAUUAGUGUCCAUUUGUGGGAAUGAAAUAAUGUUUAUAAGCUUUAUGUAUUUUUUUUCCUUUUUCCUCGUUUUUUAAAGGAAGCUUUUUGUAAGCUAUGGGGACAAGAAAAUUAAUUAGAUUCUGUCUGCUUCAGUUAGUCAGUAUUAUUCUCAUGAGGGUGCUGAGGAACUGAUAUAAAAGAUUUUCAUUCAUCAAAUGACACACUGUGGACCAUGAGAGCCCAAAGCACAGACACAAAGUUUUGAGAAAAGAGAUGUUUGGAAAAUCAUAUUUAUAGACAAACCACCACUCUCUUAGGUCUGAACUGUUUUUAACCAAGUCUCAACUUCUGUUAUUACCUAUGAAAAAACUAAUGUGCCCAUUUUAUGGUAUGAAAUAUUAAUUAAUAUUUAGGAUUAUUUUUAUUACUAAUGUUAAAGCUCAAAAUUUCCAUGUGGAGGAUAGUGACAAUAGUGUUGUUUGACAAUUGUAAAGUUUGUAAUUAAUGUGAAACUGGAAUCAGAACAUUUAGAACAGAUAAUGAAUGCACCAUAUACAUAAUUAUGACCUGUUCCAACACUUCAUGUUCCUCAAUAUCAUCAUUGUCAUUAAGCACAUUCUGUAGUUUGACAUUCAGUUAAAACUGCCACUAUUCCCCUGAUUACGAAAUGCUACUGCUAUGUACAUGAUGUAGACACUAAAUUAUGUUGGAAAUGCUAGAUGACACUUGAGCACUGCAGCGUAACAAAAUAAUGUGCUGUGCUUUGGGCCUAUAUGCAGAUGAAUAUCUGAGAAAUGGGUGAGACAUAUUUUUAUUAAUCUUCAUGUUCACAAUGUGGGUCUACUGAUAGAGAUAAAGCUGAUUCACCAUAAGAGCAAUAGAUGGCAGGAACAUGCCUACUUGCUAUAAUCUAAAAGUCAGUAACAGUGUGCUUUAGCCCCUUAUGGUUCUCAUUACUUCAGGUGUAAUGAGUUAUUGUGAUUAUGUGCAACAUUUCUUAUGUACAGUGUGACAGUAGGUGUUUAAGUUUAUGCAUUCUCUUUACAAUGUAGUUGUGAGAAGUUCUGUAUACAUUACACCUGGUCAAAGUUAUCAUUGUACAUAGCAUUUUCAGAAAUUAUUAUGCGACAUUAUUCAGUAAAGAAUGUUGUUCAUUAAUAACAUUAUUUUUGACAUUUAUAACUGAAUCUUUCAAUCAAAUUAAAUGUUUGAUAUGUUACCUUCUUUUGCAAGUUACUGGGAAAAAGUAUUUACAUGUGUCACUUCUGCUAUGACUGCAGGGUUCCUAUUUGUUAGUAAUAGACUUGUCCUUUAUGUAUAGACCUAUCUUUAAAUCAAAACCUCACCUCUUUAUUUAACAGGUGCUCGUUGUCAUUUAUUGCAUGUUCCUCUUCAUAAAAUACAAAGCAGUGUAUCCCAUAUAAAUUCAGGAAGGAAAACGGGUAACUGAACAUUUUUUACAUGUUGUAUAAAGCAUUGUUUUGCUACCUUUGUUGUGAGGAAGUUAACUGAUAAACAAGUUUUAAAAGCUGCCUUGGUGAUUAUUUUGCUUGGUAGUGAUAUACUAAAAUAGUAAAAAGUGAUGAGUGAGUGGAUAAUUUACUGUGUAUGUCAAGGGACAAUAAGUAAUUUACACAUUGACUGGCUUCUGUUGAAGCAUUUUUAGUACACGCACAAUAACUUCAUUUCUUCUGCUGCUUUAAGAGCAUGUAACAUUAGUCAUUGAUGCUAAUACAUCUAUUCAAAAAGGAGGAAAGAAAUUAUUCCAGAACAGUAUUAUUUACAUUUGUGUAUAGCCUUUAAAGAUUUUUGUCUUUCAUAAUCAUUCUAAAAUGUUUUUUUUUUUUUUUAGUAUUGUGUGUUUUAUUGCUAAGGCUAUAUAAAUAGCUUAUAUUUAUUUGUGUACAAUUGGAGUCUUACAAGUAUACAUAUCUGAUUUUACUUCAUGUUUGCAUCAACAGGAAAAUUCAGUUGAGAAAACUGUAAAAUUACGAAGUUAAAUCAAGAAAACUUUUGAAAUUAUAAGGAGAUAGAAUAAAUACCUGACCAGAGUUUACCUUCAGAAGGUGAAGUUCAUGUACUCGCUGACAGGAAUAUAUCUCCUUGUAAUAUUAGAGUUACUGUGUUUAUGAAUGAAACUAUAGCACAAAGUGAAAGGUUCACAUAAAUAUAUUACUGUUAUCAAUAACAUACUAUUUUUAAAGUUUUUAUUAUAGGGACCUACAAAAUUGCAUUGGUCAUUUGUAUAAGAAGAAAAAAAGCAAGAAGAAAAAAGCAUAUUUUUGUCUAUUUUAUGAUUUAAGAGUAUUGUGUUGCAUAUGUAACAUUUUCAUGUGGGAUAAACUAUUACAUAGUGCAUAUCUGUGGUGAUACGUAAAUACUAACCUUCCUUCCUUAUUUUCCCUUCACUAGGUUUGGCCUCAUAACUUUAAUAGCCCUUUUCUUGUUGUGUAUUGGACCUGCACUUAGCUCACUUGAGUAGUGUGCAACAAGAAGUUACAGGACACUUAAUUUUUGUGAGAGUUUGUUUUAAAGUGGUUUUUGUAAGCACCAGUGGGACAGAAACAAAAAUUCAAUGAAUGGAUGAUGAGUAUCAGUAAAAAAUCUUAUGGGUGAUCUGAGAUGUUACAACCAUCAGUACAUUAACUGUGCAAAAUGUACAACAAAUUUAUAAUCAUUGAAAUUAAACAUGCUUUAUGCUAAUAUACACUUAUGGACACUGUGCAAUUUCACCAAUAUACACAUUUUAAGUCAUGCUAGUUUCUCUACCUCUAUUAAAAAUUUAACUUUGCCAUUUACUCUCAGUUCUAAGGAAAUUCAUUUGACCUCUCUAUUGAGUAGUUGAACUGAUAGGUCCGUGUAAUGCCAAGAUUUGGUACUGAAGAGUUUACUCUAUAUGUGUAUGAAGCACCUACACCUUUUUGUGUAGAUGAUAGGGCGUAUUUUCAUAUUUGUUUCUGAUAUUGUACUUUGGACAUGUCCUACUGUUGGCAGCUGUGAUAGUUCCUCUCGGUGAGUGUCUCACAGUGCAGAACAAAUAAUGAUGACAGUCAUAAUUCUAAGUUUUCAAAAGAUGGGCUUAUGAAGAGGUUCAGAUGCCAUGUUGCAUAUUGUUCCCACACCCACAUUUUAUAAUUGAAAACAUUGACUGCAGCUAUUUGGUAACACCAUGCCUAUACAGUGAUAAUUUAUCCAUUUUGCUGUCUGCUGAGCUCUGUGCCAGUAUGGAGUAUGAUAUUUUAUUAUUUUAAGAUAAUAAGAAUAGCUACACAAUGAUAGUUAUCUUUAUUCCUUUCAUUAUUUGUAUUCCAAGACUCUCCAGCAUCAUAUCUGUCUAUUACUUAUGUUAUUUUGGUUUGUUUGUCAUCUCUUGUGUCAAACCAGCAUUGUAUAAAAUUUGUAACUCAUAUGAGAUUUAAAACCAACAGUGGACAUACACAAAUAGCUUACCAUAAAAACUGAACAAUAUAAUUCUACCAUGUUUGCACAGUUUCUCCUUUCUUCUGCUGAAUUAAAUAUGCCGUAAAGUAGAUGCAAAAUGUUUCUAUGAUGUCACCCAAUUUGACAUAUUAUUGGCGACUGAAACUCAAAUGCUGUGGUUAUGUAAGUGAAGACUUUAUCUUGUUAUUUAGUGACAAAUGUGGAGCUUAUAUUAUAGAACUAGAAGUUCUGUAAUUUGGAAAAGUUUGGGGGAGUGAGGCCACUCAGAGAGUAUGAAAAAGCAGUUGCUGGUUGUCCACUCCUUUUCUUCUCCUAUGUACCUCUCGAUUUCCUACUUAGGUCCUGAACAGUCCUUUUCCUUAUUACAUAUGGUAAUGAAAUCUCCUUGGUAUAAAUAAUAGAGUGUGUAAGUUAACUACUCAUCAUAUUGUUGAGCCAUUCAGUGCUCAAUAGGCACAUAAACAAAAUGGAAAACAUUUCUAAGCUUGUGGAUGAGUCCUCAUACAGAGCUGACUGAACACACACACACACACACACACACACACACACACACACACAGCACACCUGCAUUGGCAGUUUCUGGUUACAAUUUCAUAAGGGAGAUUCCUUAGGAAGACUUCAUCCGAUACCUUUAAUGAGAUUAAAAAAAAGUACACUUCCUUCCAUAUGUCAGUUUAGACACAACUUUCAUCAUCUGUAGUAACUGUAACAUAGAUUUCAGGUUUAAAAAGCAUGCACAUAUAGUUUCAUACUUACAAAUAUGAAGUCCCUGAACAUUUGUAUAUGACACCAGAUGAUAGCCUGCUUCUCAAUGAACCCAAAUUCUGGUACACACCUUUACUGCCAUCACAUUCUUUUCCUUUCUUCUGUUUUUUAUAACUGUGUUGUUUACUGGUAACUAAAUACGCAUCAUGCUUGUAAUAGAACAUUAUAAUAUGUAUGCGAAGGUCAGCAUAUCAUGGUAUGUGGUAUUCACAUUACAGACAAAAUAACUUUUUAUUUGAAAUUUAAAAAAGUGCCUUUUGUUCAACAAAAUGCAGACUUUUUUUCUGCCUUCAGUCAUCUGCACACCAACAUAUAUUAUGUAUUUUCUUCCAAUCAGUCCAAAAGAUGAACAAAGCUAUUCAUAAUGGCUACAGUUUGUCUCCCAUCCCUUACUGUAAAUCAGAAACCUAAGUAAGAUAUGCCUGCAUGUGAAAUUAAAACCGAAAGUAAAAUUAAAUAACCAUUAAAAGUGAGUCGUGUUUGUGGGAGCUAUUUCUUUCAUUUUUAUCUAUUUUAAAUUUACACUUUUGCAGUUAGAAAGAUACUCUUAAUCUGAAGAUGUAUUGCCAUUAGUAUCUUUCCAUAUGUACAUAUAAACAAUACUCAAUUUUGUUAAUUAUUUUCAGUGCAUACACUAUCUGGCUAAUACCUUAGAUUUCAAAAACUAUUGUCAAACUAUGGACUCAGGGCAACUACAUCAAAUUUUCAGUUUCCUAAUAAAAUUUCGCAAGAAUGUGAAUUACUACUAUUCCUGCUGUUAUCAAUUAAAGAACUCUGUGUGCCCUCAUUUACUUUGAGUUGGUUGGUACAACAGUUAAAAAGUGUGAGGUGCUGAUAUAUGUAUAGAACACACAUUCAUUUAUUUCACAUGCCUGUUUGCCCUUCUUGUUUAUUUGUGGUCCGUAAUUUCUCUGGUGUUGAAUUUUAAUCUACAUAAGUGGAAUGCCACAUACAACCAUCGUAAGUAGAAUACCUAUUUCUUUCAACAUACUGUUUGUAACAGAUACACAUUCACAGUGUGCUGCAAUGCAGAUGACAUCCACAACAACCUGUCCAUGUAAUAGCAGGUGUGUGUCAUGAAAAUUUGUAUGUAUUAUUUCGUCUUGCUUUCCAAUAUGCUUGACCUAUUUAAUAUUGAAAUUGCCAGAACUUGUUUGUGUCCUGACUUCAGAUAUUCAGAAGAAUAAUGAAAGUGAUAUAUCAGAAGGAUUUUACAUAAUAACUGGUAAUUAAAAAAGGAAUCACAGUUCUGACACUGCAAAUCAAUCACCACAGAAAUGUUUCAAAGUAUCCCUGUCCCAGCCUGUUGUAAUUGUGGUGAACCUUUCAGUUACCAUUCAGCUGAUUAAGUUUUUGACUGAUGGCAAAUGAAUGUGCAAACAAGUUAAUAAAAUUGAGAAGUAUUGUAUUUAUGGGUUAAAUGUUUAAUUUAAUAGUUCACUUUAUCUGGUUGAUGUACCAAAUAAUGUUAUUUACUCUACCAGGAUCCAAAUACAGUUGGUUUCUUUGCCUUAAUUUUUUCUAUUUUAAUUUCAUUUCUUUUUUAUUGUGUUGUGCUGUCAUUAAAUUCACUGUCACAGUUUGAUGUAUGUCAAAUCAAAAUCACAUUUUAGUUUGUCACUUCACAAUAAUUAUUCUCUUAUAAGAUACAGUAUGUUUACUGUUGAAUCAACAUUAAAAAUGGUGUGUGUUACUGCCAAAAAAGGAAAAGGAGGAAGAAACAAAGAUCAGGGAAUAUCUUAAAUAGUUGAAGUUACACAAUUUGUAGUUUUGUUUCUGAGAAGUAAACUGAGGAUUCUUGUUUAAAGGGUUUCGUUCUUGUAUCAUUCAAAAUCAUGUGAGGUACGAUGAAGUGCAAGAUCAUUAACAUGAACUGUUUGUUACUGUACAUUUGUUUUUUUUUUCAAUUAUUAGUGUCACCAAAAUAGUAUUUCAAAUGAUGCAAAUAAGAUUUGUUUAAGAAAUUGUCUGUGGCCUCAAAUCACAGAACACCAAUAUAGCCAUAGUGAUUAUGAUCUAGAUAUUUUGUCAUUUACAGUAAUACUGAGAAGAAAAAUAAAUUUUAAUGUCAACAAAUGACUGACUGGGGGUGCCUAUAUAACAUAUGCCUGGAGCUUAUAGUCAAAACACCAAAAUGUGAUGCUUCCAUAUAAUACUUGUAAUAUGAUUGUUAAUAUUGUUAUCUGAAAUCCAUAAAAUUUUACAAUUUGCCUUAUAUAAGAGCAAUUUUACACAUGAAUGAAACACCAUCAGCUGUAAGUCUUACCUGUAGAUCAUUUCUUCCUUUUGAAAGAUUUUGUACCAGAGAAUAAAAUGUAAUGUGUAUUCAGUUA